AUGAUGGCCUUCUCAUAUGGCUGUCAGCCUUUAUCUACGCCUACUUACUGUUCUAUCUCGGAGCCUUCCUAUGGAUGCAGUUGCAUCUCCGCCCGUACCAGUGAAAGAUGCUUCUUUUGCAAUCAGUCAGCCUGUGGUUCCCUAGUCGACUCAGGCUUGCUAUCAGGCUUUAUCCACUUCCCUCAGCUCCUACAGUUGGGCAAUCCACCUCGCGGGAGAUCACGGCUAAUUAGGCGGAAACUCGAAUUUCUUAAUAAGGGAUUGCCGCUAGCCCCACCUGACGUUGUUAUUCAGUCUUUUGAAGAUGGAAAGAGUGCUCCAAGCCUGAGCUGCGCGAAAGCCAAAACCUACUCCUAA